AUGGACUCCACCGCUACAACCAUCUCCGUGGAAGACAACAUCCUAAAAUGGACAUCCAGCGAAAGUCAAGGCCAGAUAGAACUGGACCAAAUCAUCUGCAUCGUCUCCAAAUCCACCCCCAACCAAGGCCAUCGAAUCCUAUUCCUCCGCAAAGAUGAAAAUCAACAUGACGACAUGCACCUAUCCCACCUCGACCUAAACAUCAACACUCCCCCCCCCCAACCUCUAACCCCGUUCCUAGCGACUAUCCCACCGCACCUAAAAACCACCCUACAAAUAAUAAUAUCAACCCGCUCCGGCACCGGCAUCGCCCAGUCCAUCUUCGAUCACAUACUCCGCCCCUUUCUAAACGGCCUAGGUCUAACCUACACCACCCACAAAACAACUUCCGCAACAUCUAUCAUCUCGCUAUCAGAGACAUUCCUAUCCGCUGAAGCCGAACAAUCUCAAACAAUCAUCCUCCUCUCCGGCGAUGGCGGUCUAAUCGAUAUCCUAGAUGUCUUUUACAAAGCAGCCGCAGCAGGAAAGAAUGUCCCCCCUCCGCCAAACAUCGCCCUCAUACCCUGCGGAACAGGAAAUGCACUGGCCAAUUCAAUCGGACUACGCGAUGGCUCUGCCUCGGCGAUUAAUCUAAAGACCCUACUUUUUGGAAACCCGGUGCCGUUGCCGGUUUUUAGGACUAGCUUUUCCGCUGGGAGUAUGCUUGUUACGGAUGAGGGGGGUGGGAGGGUUAAUAUCAACUCCGGCGCUGCUGGCGAUGCUGGCGCUGCCAUGUAUGGCGCCGUCGUCGCGAGUUGGGGUCUUCACGCCGCACUCGUAGCAGACAGCGACACAACCGCGUAUCGAAAAUUCGGAUCCGAGCGGUUCAAAAUGGCAGCGCAGGAACUUUUGUGGCCGGCGGAUGGGUCUGGGAGUCAUUUGUUUCGGGGGCGGAUUACGCUCACGACUGCUGCUAGAUCGUGGCAGGUUCCGGAGGACGAGCAUACGUAUGUGCUCGCGACGCUUGUGCCGAGGUUGGAGAGGGAUUUUGUUAUAUCGCCUGGUUCGGAGGCUCUUGGGGGGAAGAUGCAUUUUUUGCGGGUUGGGGGAAAAGGGGCGGAUGAGGUUAUGCGGCUUAUGGGGUUGGCUUAUCAGGGUGGGGGGCAUGUGGGGGAGGAGGGGGUCUUGUAUGAGGAGGUUGAGAGGGUGAGGAUUGAGUUUUAUGAGGAUGUGGAGAGGUGGAGGAGGGUUUGUGUUGAUGGGAAGAUUGUUGCUGUUGGGAAAGAUGGGUGGAUGGAGAUUUGUUUGGAGGGGAGGAGGUUGUUGAAUGUUAUCAAACCGUGA